GGUGGAGGAAAGACAAAUUUGAGAUCAUUGUGGUUGAUCAAUAGAAGCAUGAAUUGACAUUUAGAAAAAGAAAGAAAAAAAAGGAUCCACAUGUAACUUGUGAAAUCUACUGGGAUAGGGAAUAGUUCCAUAAAAUGACUAUUUUUCUGGGACAGAAAGAGUGAAAGGAGGAGGAAUGGCAGUUGACUUUUAUGACGGUAAAGUUCUGGUUGUUCCUCAACCGUUUCUUACUCAUACAAUAAUCCUAUCAGAUCAUUCAAAGCCCGCCGUUUCUUUUUGCAAUCCACAAAAUUUUUCCUAACCUUCCACUUCCAGCCAGAAAUGGUUUCAUUUUCGGCUCAGAUCGUUGAUUCAAACAUGGUGGUCUCAUCUGUUGUGACUUCCACUGAUUCUGCUUUGCGGGAUAUUGAGAUGCGGGUGCACCGUAAUCCUCCCCUGCGGAAUGAGUUGAUGAAACACAAGAUUAGGCUAAGGAAUCUAAAGGCAUUUGUUCUUGUUGUUGUUUGUGCAACACAGUUGGGCAAGGAAGAAGAUACCCAUCUGGAAUCUCUCUUGCUACGGAUUGAAGAUGCUGUCAAAAGAUAUGCCAAGGAAAUUCAUCGUCCCUGUGAUGCUUCAUCUGCUGUUGUUUUGUUGCCACGAAUUCGUAUCAUUUUCAGUAAGAUCCUCUGUUUAGAGGAAGAAAUUCAUGAAUGGUAUGUCACCCUAUCGAAAAACAGGCUGAAAUCAAGUUCUCUAACCCCAGAUGAAAUGGUCAAGAUCACUGAUUCGAUUCUUGGGAAUCUGAUUGAUUUUCCUACCAUUCCCAGAUGUCAAAUUAUUUUCCCUGCAAUGGAAGCCUUGGUCGCGCAAAUGACGUUUCUGAAAAAUUUCAUCCUCUUUUCUGUGGAGAACUAUGUGGAAUGCAGCAGGAAUAUGAAUGAUCUGUUUGCUCACUUUGGAUCUAUUGCAACCGAGGCUGCAGGUCUCUUUUUCGGAUGUCCAGACGACGACUUUGACGAUGAAUGGUGUCAAGAUUUUCAGUUCAAGUGUUCAUUGCUCCUUAAUAAAGUCAAGCCUGUCGAUCCCCAAGUCUCGAAGAUUUACGCUAUAGCUCUUAGUAGCUUAAAAUCGUGCGGACACGUAUGUUCCGACACUCAAGCCUGCCUAAAUUUCCUUGAUUCUCUCAUAUCCGAACUUUGGGAUCUGCUCCGGCAAGGUGCUGGGUAUUUGGACUCUGUGAAAGAUGAGCGUCAAAUUCUGUACGAAGGACUAAGAUUCUUGAGAACCAAUCUGAAGCAGCAAAUAAGAGAGUUCUAUAAGGUCGAGGAUCCGAUUGUGGCUCUGAUAUGCGAUGCCGGAGUCUUAAUUUGCUCAUUUCACCACACACAUGAAGAAAUCCAACAGGAGCUUCGGAAUUUCCUGGAAAGUAUUCGGGUUACUCAAUCAGGAACUGAGGAGAAACAUCCCCAGCCUGCAAUGUUCAACUUCCCUUGUAGUACCAAUGAGCUAGAUUUUGUUGAUUCAUUGUCGGAAACUUUGAUGCAGCUGACGAAAGGCACUUGUGACCCAUCAGCCAAAACUCGUGCUCAAACCAUCGGAGUAGAACUCUCUUACUUGAGGGCUUUCUUAGAGCAAACAAAAGAAUCGCGACAUGAAAACCAGGAACUCCAAGCUCUAUGGAGUCGUGUUCUGGAGGUGGCUUACAGAGUAGAAUUCCUCAUUGAUCAGUUAAAAGCUGGCGAUACAUCGUAUUGCUUCUCUGUGUUAUCUGAUUGCAUUGUAGAGGAAAUUGCGGAUAUCAAAACUGCUCUGUCGAAUAGUUCUUAUGGAAAUAAAAAAGACACCAAAGUAGAGAAAGUGAACAGGUCACAAGUUCCCUCAGUACCCCACCAGGAUGUUGUGGUAGGUUUUCAUGAUGAUGCAAGAGAAAUUGUGAAUCGCCUCAAUAGUGCAACUAAAAACUUGCAGGUGGUCAGUAUCUGUGGGAUGGCAGGUGCUGGUAAAACAUGUUUAGCUUCUAAAGUAUACAAUGAUGUUGCCGUCAUAUAUCGUUUUCAUUAUCGUGCAUGGUGUUCUGUUCCUCCUCAAGUGUACAAAAGGGGAUUGUUGAUUGACAUUUUAAAUCAACUGAAAGCUAGAUUUGAUGUGGAUUUGUGUGAAGACUAUUUAGCAGAAAAGCUCCGCCGGCAUUUGAAGAUGAGGAAAUAUCUCAUCGUUUUGGAUGGUGUGUGGAACAUUGGUACGUGGUAUUGUUUGGCAAAUUCAUUCCCUGAUGACUAUAUUGGAAGUAGGAUUCUUGUCACUAGUCAGCAACGUCAUGUUGUUCCUCCUGAAAUGCUCCAUAAUUACGAACCUUAUUCACUCAGUCCACUCUCGGCUGAGGAGAGUUUUGUGUUACUGCAAAGGAGGAUGGGAAAGGAUUGGUCCCCCGAUCUACGUGAGCUCGGAAUCAAGAUUGCAGAAAAUUGCAAUGGAUUACCUUUUAUAAUCGUCAAUGUGGCCGAUGAUCUAGCGAAAACUGAGGAAGAGAGCUGGAAGGAAAUUCUUGAUGAUUUAAGUUCGGGCAUUCAUGCUAGUGCAAAAAUAAGCAUGAACUUGUUGGAAUUAAGUUACAACCAUCUGCCAGACCACUUGAAAGCUUGCUUUUUAUAUUUUGGGGCAUUUCCAAAAGGAGAAGAGGUUUCUGUGAAGAGGCUGAUUCUUCUGUGGAGAGCUGAAGGAUUCGUUCAAAGCACAAGAGGAAAACGAUUAGUAGAUGUUGCAGAAGAGUACUUGAACGAAUUGAUUGGAAGAAGCUUGGUCGUGGUUGCUAAGAAGAGAUCCAUUGGUGGUGUCAAAACUUGCUGGAUUCAUUAUUUGGUUCAUGAUUUCUGUUUGAGAAAAGUGGAGGAAGCAAACUUUUUCCAUCUCCUACAAGGUUACGAUAAUCUCUCUGAUUGUAAUGAGCCAAGCUACCUGCGGAGAUUGUGCAUUUAUGGCGAUGGGGACGAUUUCAAGGAGUCUAAAUUAUUUUGUCCUCGCGCGCGUUCUUUGCUGUUGUUCCCUUCUCAGAAGAAGCUAGACCAAUACUGGAUGGCUACCGCGUUCGUCAUUUCCAUCUUCAAACUUCUUAAAGUGUUGAAUUUAGAGCAUAUUCAUUUGGGUGGAGUUGUUCCAAGUGAAAUAGGACUUUUACUGCAGCUGACAUACUUGUCCAUUCGAGGAAGUAUGGAAGUCAUCCCAUCAUGGAUAGGCAACCUAUCAAACUUGGAAACCUUUAUUGUAAAUCUUGUCAGAAUACAGUUGAAGGUUUCCUUGCCACCUACUUUUUGGAAUCUGAAAUGCUUAAGAUUGGUUUCCAUAAAUUCUGGGGGUGGUAUUUUGCCCAUCCAAAAUCUUGAGAAUCCGUUGGUCUUGAGUGAGUUAGAAAGCUUUUCUGGUGCAGUGAUUUCCUGCAGUGCUAGCAUGGAGAAUCAAAUGCGGAAGUUUCCCAGCAUCCGCAGGUUGAAAUGUGAUAUCUCUAGUCUAGUUGCUAAGAAUCACAACUUGGAUGUGGUUGCAGUUCCUUUGGCAAAACUGGAAUCACUUCACAUACUUCGUUCAGAUUUAGCAAUGAUGAACCGUGUUGUAUUUGAUUUGGAUUUGCCCGUGAAUCUUAAGAAAUUGACCUUGUCAAGGCUUGCAUUGCCAUGGGAGAAAAUUUUACCUGUUGGUACACUACCCAAACUUGAGGUUCUCAAACUACUUGAUUCCUCCUUCGUAGGGGAUGCCUGGGAUAUGGAAGAAUAUGGUUUCCCGAGUCUUAGAUUCUUGAAAAUGUCUAGGUUGGACAUUGUCAGAUGGACAGUUGAUGAUGAUGAAUUUGGCUGCUUGCAGAAUUUGGUGUUGGAUCACUGCAGCAAUUUGGUAAAGCUUCCUUCCUGUUUAGAGUGUAUUUCAACGCUUGAGAUGAUCGACGUCUUUGCUUGUUCAGACAAUUUAGAAAGUGAGCUCAGACGCAUUGAGGAAGAACAGGUGAAAGUCUAUGGUAAUGAUAUCGUAAGGAUACACAUUCGAUGAAACAAGAUCGCUUUGGAGCCCUGUCCGUUUAGUUCGCCUAUCUAUCUUCAUGGGACAGAUGUAACAGUAGAAACUUUGUUGUGUGUUCCCAAUUAUGAUUAUGUUGAAAGCAAAGCAUCCUCUAUUGAAUAUGA